AGCAGAAGGUAUGCAUGUGAUGUGUGGAAUAUGAAAUUUCAGAAAAUGGAAAUGCUGUCAAGUGUGUCAACCAACCAAAUAAGUGAGAAAGACUCAAGACAACAAGGAGGGAGGGAGGGAGAGAGAGAGAAUCGAUGAUUCCAAAUUCGUGAAGGGAAGCAAUCCCUCUCUCACACGCACAUGCAUGCCCUUCUCUUUUCCCUUUUAACCAGAAAUAAUUCAUUCCAACUCCCACUUUCCUCCUCUUCGAUUUCUUCCUCUGCGAUUCAUUUGGUUGCUUUGCACGGUGCUUGAUCCAACUUCUCACUAUUUUAUUUUGAUUUUCACCGGAAACAAAUUAUAGCAGGAUCAAUGAUGGAGUUGGGCAGGGCAAGCUCCCCAGCAGGAUCAUUGAUGGAGUUGGGCAGGGCAAGCUCCCCAGCAGGAUCAUUGAUGGAGUUGGGCAGGGCAAGCUCCCCAGCAGUUCGAACAAUUCCAAUAGAUUCACCAAUUUCUGCUUUGAAUAAGUUUAAACAGCAGAAUCUCCCAGCAUGUAAGCCAGUCCUCAAGCCAUCCUGUGUUAUUACUUCUUUUUUGGUGCUCGGUUUUAUUUUCGUUCCUAUUGGACUUACCACUCUUUGUGCUUCUCGUACUGUUGUUGAAAUUGUUGAUCGCUAUGAUUCGGGGUGUGUUCCUGGGGCAUUUAGAAGCAACAAAGUGUCCUUUAUCAAAGAUACCUCUCUUCCCAAAAACUGCUCUCGGAUCCUCAAGGUGCGCAAGCAUAUGAAAGCUCCUAUUUAUAUCUAUUAUCAGCUUGACAAUUACUAUCAAAAUCACCGAAGGUAUGUGAAAAGUAGAAGUGAUCAGCAACUCUUACAUGGACUUAAGUCCAACAAUACAAGUUCCUGUGAACCUGAAGAGUUCAAUAAUGGUCUUCCUGUUGUCCCUUGUGGGCUGAUAGCAUGGAGUUUGUUCAAUGACACGUACACAUUUAUUCGUGGAACAAAAGAAUUGAGGAUCAAUAGAAAGAAUAUUGCAUGGGAUAGUGAUCGUGAUAGCAAAUUUGGGAAGCAUGUAUAUCCCAUUAAUUUCCAGAAUGGAACCUUAAUCGGUGGUGGGAAACUAGAUCCCCAUAUCCCUCUAAGUGAUCAAGAGGAUCUCAUUGUAUGGAUGCGCACUGCUGCUCUUCCUAGCUUCCGCAAGUUGUAUGGUAGAAUUGAAGAGGACUUGGAGGCAGAUGAUGUUAUAGUGGUUCAUCUAAUGAACAAUUAUAACACGUACAGCUUUGGAGGAAAAAAGAAGCUUGUUCUUUCAACAUCAAGUUGGUUAGGAGGAAGGAAUGACUUCCUUGGAGUUGCCUACAUCUUUGUUGGCGGUUCUUCUAUAAUCCUCUCAAUUGUCUUCUUGUUGCUUCAUAUGAAAAAUUCAAGGUAUUAAAAAGUCCUCGGCGGUUCUUUUUUGGUUUCUGACGGGCCUUGUGUGGACAAAACUGUAUCAUCCUGGAGUGGAAAAGACCUUUCUAGUUGAAGAGGUGACGAUGCCUUCCAAUUUAAGAUUAUUAAAUGAUAAUUGUAGUCGUCGUGUAUUUUGUGUUGAAAUUGCUGAACAACUUGAAAAUGUGUUAGGACUGACAAGGAGCUUGAGGGUGAUUCAAAAGAAAAGAGUGAUAUCUGAUGCUCAUUACAUUAAAAAAAAAAAAAAAACUAAGAAAAAUUUCAAAUAUGAAUAGAAAAUUUUGUGUGCAUUUAAUAAAAUCAGUUGAUAA